AUGGUGCUUUUCUUUGGUGGCUUGGCUGUCAUGGUACAGCGAGAAAUUGGAUUUCUUUCCAGCUUAAAGAUUGUGCCUUUGACGGUGCCAGCAGAACUGGUAGAGCCUCAGCAGUGGCUGUCACUAGAAGCUCCUCCAGAAUCUCCUCAAGAAUCACAGGUACAUGAUCAGGCACAAGAUCAGGUACAAGAUCAGGUACAAAUCUCCACGACAAGCCGAUCUUUGCAACGCCACGUGGAGAGUGCCAACAAGGCGCAACAGCAAUCUGCUCCUCUCAGUUUUCGGGAUGUCUUGGGAUUACCCAGUCUACAAGAUGAAGAAGAAGACGAAGCUACUAGUACUACUGGUAGUAGUAGUAGAGUACCGAAAAACAGGGCAGAAGAAUUCGCCAUCAAUGCAAAACGGAGAGAAAAAGCUACCAAAAUCAAAAAUGAACGAGAAAAUGCCAACCGAACUGCCAUUGUUUGGGUCACCAGAUACCUAGAUGAUUGUGGGGCAGAACGCUUGCUGCAUCUACUGACCACGGCAGCUACCCAAACAACACGACAACAACCACCACAACAACGAGAUGUCUGGAUCUUGCACAAUCACAAAUCACUAAAACGAAAAAGUCCUGAUCUCGUUCGUCGUUCCGAACAACUCGUCACACAACUCAAAGAAUACGCACAAGACAACAAACUGAACAUUACACUACGAGGGGCUCAUCAGUCAUCCUCCACACUCAAUCUCGAUGGAAAACGCAGUGGAUCUGGUAAAUCCUCCUUUUUACGAUUCGUCGCCUACAAACGAUAUCAAUUUGCCUGGCACAUUGAAGAUGACGUCUUCUUUACGGGACCAUGGCACAAUCUAUUCGAUGCCUUUGUGACACGACCAGACGAUGUCAUUUCCACCGGUGAUCCCGCUCCUUCCGACUGGUAUUAUCACGUCUACGAAACCUGUACUCUACGCGUCCCCGUAUGGGCCGAAUUCAAUCAACAACGCAUGUUUUUGCCCUGUGAGUGUGCCAGUAUUGCACCCAAAAUUACACGAUGGGCCAUUCUACGCAUGUCGUUGCGGUUUGCCGAAUCCUUGCUGGAACUAUCCAAAACAAACGCCAUUGUGGGACAUCAUGAAGCCGUAUUGGCACCCAUGUGUGAUGCCUAUCAUUAUCAAUGCGACAAUAAGGAAUUGUUGCAGCCGCACAAUGGACACAUUUGCACCGCGGGAUGGGGACCCUGGAAAAAUGCGUCCACGCAAGUACUCGAACUACACGGGAAUAUUACACACAACAGACUAUAUCAUCCCGUCAAAUGUGCCGCCUACGAACACAAUUUGACGAGUCUCACGGAUCAGCUGUUGUAUACUUAA